AAACUAAUUAAAGUAAAAUUUUCAUUUUGAUGGUGCAGGGAGUAGUAUAGAGCCAAUAAAAGUUGACAACUUGACAAAUUCAAGAUCACAAGUCUACGAAAUGUAUGGUGAUAUAAUAAGAAUCCACGGCAACUCAUCGACCAUCUUCGUACCUUCAAUCCAGCAACGCACCACAAAUUCUAAUUGGACCACAAAACCGUACGCACGGUUAGACGAUAAUAAAGCAAUGAAGAAGGUAAGGGAAUUCACAAUAAUUCAUCAAACCCCAGGUAACUUACCUCAUUGCACCCGAAACUUCACCUCUCCGGCGAUCAUUUUCUCCACCGGAGGAUACGCCGGAAACAAUUACCACGACUUUGCCGACGUCCUCAUUCCACUAUACUCAACUUCCCAACAAUUUCACAAAAACGUAAUCUUUCUCGUAGCCGACAUUCAUUCUUAUUGGACUUAUGAGUACAAACUAAUUCUUGACAAUCUCUCCGAACACGACAUUAUCGACAUUGACAAGGAAAACGAAGUCCUGUGUUUUCCAAGGUUGAUCGUUGGGCUCAAGGCCAACAAGGAGUUAAGCAUCGACAGUUCACUACAAUUCCCACAUAUUUCCACCACGAACUUUACAAACUUCAUUCGAAAUACGUAUUCUUCGGAGAGAAAGUCCGUAAGUAAUGAAUGCAAGAAAACCAAAACUCGCGGCCCUAGGUUGCUCAUCAUUUCCAGAAACAAAACACGACAUUUGACGAACGAAGACAAUGUAGCCAACAUGGCUCGGAGCAUGGGAUUUAAGGUUGCCGUGCAAGAAAUUGGAUGGGAAAUUCCAAAAGUCGCCAAGUUUGUGAAUAGUUUCGACGUUAUGAUUGGAGUGCAUGGGGCCGGCCUUACGAACAUGGUUUUUCUUCCAGAAAAAGCAGUUUUAAUUCAGAUAGUGCCCUUUGCAUUGGACUCCGCGGCUAGGUUUUACUAUGAAGAACCAACAAAAGGUAUGAAUUUGAGGUAUUUAGAGUACAAGGUGAGUCUGAAUGAGAGCUCUCUAUUUGGGAAAUACCCAAUCGACAGCGACAUUUACAAAAAUCCCGAUGCUAUGCGUAAUAAGGGAUGGCUUGUUUUUAAGUCAAUUUAUAUGGAUAAUCAAGAUGUGAAUGUUGAUUUAGAUAGGUUUAGAAUAACCUUGUUGAAAGCCUUGGAGCUUGUUUGCAGAUAGAGAGGUUUUUGUUUCUUGGAUUGUAG